AGAUACUUCAUCUCUUCGGUGUACCAAUUCAUCUCUCUACCGCUAUAGCUCAGUCAGACGGUCGUACGCUAUAUUGCUCUCUCCGUUUCCAACUGCUCCUCUCCCCCUAGGUCGGACGCAGCCUACACCACGCCGUUCGUCUAAUAUCCCGACCAAGUAAUACACAUACAUGGCUGCCAAAGCUGAGAAUGUGAAUGAACCUCCUAUCAAUGAGCAAGCGGUUGCCAACAUAUACAGUUCUUUAAGGUCUGAAAUGAACCAAAUAUAUUCCAAAAUCACCGAACUAGAGAUGGAAGCCAGUGAACACACUCUUGUGAUGAAUGCCAUAGAGCCGCUUGACCCAUCAAGGCGGUGCUACAGGCUGGUUGGAGGUGUACUUGUUGAGAGAACCGUUAAAGAAGUGCUGCCUGCUGUGCAGCGUAACAAGGAGGGGCUUCAGGAAUUGAUUGCUCGUCUCAAUGAAGCAUUGGAGAAGAAGAAGAAAGAGAUUUCUGAGUUUGAGGCGAAGUACAAAAUAAGGAUUAGAAAGCAAGAUAGUGAGGUGCAAGAAGAGGAGAGUGGUCGGUCGAAGGAAAGCUCUGCACAGGGGGUCCUUGUUGGUCCUGCUGAUGCCUCUAAUGAAUAGAGAGACUGGGGGUGAUUAAUGCAGUGGUUACCCAUGGUGUGAUCUUUUCUGAGACAUUGUUUCUCAAUUGAGGUCCAAAAUUCAGAAGUGUGUUAUUCCUUGUAAUAUAUAUUGCCCUUUAUAAACUGUGAUGUUAUUAACUAAAACUUGAGGGUCCUAAUUACCGUUUUGCUUGUAACAUUUCACAACUAUAAUGCUUCGUUUACAAUUUCUGGGACUAUGGUUGGCCUGGUUCUAAAACACGAGCGAACUGGGAGUAAAUAGCUGGGCUGGUUGCCACUUGCCA